UAAAAGCAAAGGGCUUGCUUCAUUGCUUUAAAAUUUUUUCAAUCGAAGCGUAUGAUUCUCUGAUUUCUGAUUUCUGAUAGUUUCCUGUAAGCAGUAAUUGACCAGCUCCAUGCACUGGACUGCACUAGAUACCAAUUCCAAAAGCCUAUAUCUUCCAACAGAUGUACGAUAAGAUAUGGUCAGACUGUAUCAGAACGAGAAGAGAAAGUGCAUGUCAACGUUGGUAGAAAGAGAGAGAAAAGAGAUCACCAAAUCAAAGCUCGAAGCAGCUGUAACUUUGUCAGGCUUCGAAUGACACGAGAGAGAAAUGGAGAGAGAGAGAAAUAGAAAAGUAAGCUACGUAGAGUGUAAUUAUAAACAUAGCCUGUGUAAAAUAAAUAACCCUUUAAAGAGUUUGGUUCAGUCAGUCUGGUUGGCCAUUAAAAAUGCCAGAAAAAGCCAAUUUUGAUUAACCGUUACCUCCCACGCAGCGGGCUUCUUCUUUAAUUCUGGCUUCUCUCAGUCUUAGAGACUUAAUUACCAUAUCUUAUAUUUGGAAUCAUCAUUGUUGUUUCUCUUUCAUCUUCCUGAUUUCCAGGCGACUGAGAUAAAAUGUCGCCGGCGGCGAAGAAAAAUGCUCAUGAUGGAGUGGAAGACAAGCGUUAUCCUGCUCCUCUUGCUUCUCAUGAAGAAGUUGUUAAGGACCCUCUUACUUUCUGGGACACUCUCAGGCGCUUUCAUUCUAUAAUGGGGACAAAGUUUAUGAUUCCUGCAUUGUGAGGGCAAGAGCUAGAUUUGUAUAUUUAUUAUGUAGAGGCCACUAAAAAGGGUGGCUAUGAAAAGGUUGUUCAAGAAAAAAAAUGGAGGGAAGUGGGUUCUGUGUUUAACUUCUCUCCAACAACAACCAGUGCUUCUUUUGUAUUGAGAAAACAUUACUUUGGCCUUCUUUUCCAUUAUGAACAAGUUCAUUUCUUUAAGGUCCAAGGUCCAAUAUGUUCUACAACAGCUGCAUCUCCUGGAAGACCUGAAUUGGCUAUUGUGGAAUAUUCCCCUAAACCGACAAGGGCUUGUCCUGAUCCACCUACUGGAGGAUCUUCAUUUUCAGCUAUUGGAACUAUUGAUGGGAAAUUUGAUUGUGGUUAUCUAGUGUCUGUGCAAGUGGGUUCAGAGGUGCUUAGUGGAGUCAUUUACCAUCCAGAUAAAAUAGGCACAUCUUCUUCUAUUGUCCAAUAUAGUAAUGCUCUUAUUCCAUUCACUAGAAACCGUAAACCUCGAUAUUCCGGCCGGAGGAGGAGAAGCAGACGAGGAGGGGACCCCAGCCACCCUAAACCCAAUAGAAGUGGUUAUAACUUUUUCUUCGCUGAAAAACACUAUAAGCUUAAAUCUCUAUACCCAAACAGAGAAAGGGAGUUUACCAAAAUUAUUGGUCAGUCAUGGAGUAAUCUCAGUGCAGAAGAGAGGAUGGUAUACCAGAAUAUUGGAAUGAAGGACAAGGAAAGAUACAAGAGAGAGUUGAAAGAGUACAAAGAAAGACUAAAGCUUAGGGAGACCACGGAAGUUGUGAGAGCUGAUUACUAGAGCUUCAGGAAACAGGAAAUUGAAUCAAGCUAAAGAAUCUAGUGCACGUUUCCAUGUGUAGAUGUAAAUUAAUUUUCAAUAUAGGUUUUCUCAUGAAGUUCUUGUUUAUGGAUUUCA